AUGUCUUCGGAUUGGGAGACCAAAGCGCGCGAUUACAUCAGAGAGCAGGCCCUCACAAUCAGAGAACACUUAGGCAUAGCCAAGAGCACAGAUGCGUCUCCGUUCCAAGAGUUCAUCAUACCCCUACUCGGCGGACUGAUGGACGGCUCCGCCGACGUGGGCCCGACAACGAGCCAUGAAGUCAUCAGUCGGAUGACCGCCUCCCAACAAGAAGAUGCGGACGAAUGGGCCGAGUUCCUCUGGAUGUUCUUCUUGGCAAUUGAACACACUUCGGCAGACGAGGCCCACAGCCGACUUGCAGCGCUCCUGCGAGCCGUGGCCCAGCCUCCGCCCAUCGAUUCACUACCCGGACCCGAGGCAAAGAAGAUCGCAUUGAUUCCUCGACUGUCUUCACUGGAAACAUUCGGGAUCAUAUCUCGGGACUGCUGGAAUGGCCCCUCCAGGCAUACCCAGCCUCCAGCAGCAGCCCUUGCGGCAUGGGUCAAUCUCAACAGGUUCUACGCGCACCUCAGCCGGCAGCAACGCCGGGAGCCCCUGGACUCGCUGAAGGAUUGGGUGGAGGUAUUUGGAAAGUACACCAUCAGCUGCGGACUGGAGCGCGAAAGCGACAAUGAUGUCCGCGACUACGCAUGGCCUGCGGCCGUGUGGCUCGAGAUCGCCGGCUCUGAUAUCUACAACGACCCGCACUGGGGCGGCCGCGACAACACUCUCCCGGAAGGUGCGCCGCGGGACUUACGCUGGGAUGUGUGGGCGCAAAGGUUGCAGGAAAUCGCGGCAAGCGACCGCUUCGAUGCUCAGCAGCCGCAGCUGAAGGAGGUGGCGGGUCGCGUGGCAGACAUGAUGCGUGAGAGCAAGGCAAAGGGGAUGGACGCGUAG